GGAAUGACUUAUCUUUAGUAAAUGCGUUGCUAAAAAUAAAAAUCUUUGGUCAUUUCUGUUUCAUAAAGUUAAAGUUUGCAAAAAAGGUUAAAUGGUAGUAGUGUUUCUUUAGCACACACACACACACAGUUUCUUCUGUCUCUCUCUCUCUUUCUCUCCCCUAUUCUAAAGCCGAGAUUUGUGCGAAUGCUCUAGUCCUUUUUAAAAGAAACACUUCGCCAUAUUCACUUAGCCUGAGCUCUUCUUUCUUCUUCGUGACCUGAUAUUGCGUUACACAGCACAGCACGAUCUUCCAAAAGGACAUGUAAUACGGUUUGGGAUUUUUCCUUUUGGACUGAGAAAACUCAAAACAUAGAGUGUGUGAGAGAGAAACAUCUUUGUCUUCUCGGUUUUUGUGUUGUCAAGAAGCUCAAGGACAAAAAAAAUAAUACAAUUGUUUUUAGGGUUUUGAGGAAGAAAAGUUUGAGCUUUGAGAAGUUGUGAGUGGUGUGUUCUUGAAGAACAAAGCUUUUUAUUACAUUCCUCUGCCAAUUCGUGACUCUCACCUCUCCCCGGAUGGAGUUCUCUAGAGAAGCUGGAAUGAUGAUGGAAAAUAAGCGGAGUGUAUGCUCUCUCGAAGAAAGUAGCAUCAAGCGUCACAAGUCUGAUCUCUCUUUCAGUUCCAAGCAGAGAAAGGACAAAGCUGGAGAACGUAUCUCAGCUCUUCAACAGAUAGUUUCCCCUUACGGAAAGACCGACACUGCAUCAGUUCUUCAAGACGCGUUUCAUUACAUAGAGUUUCUACAUGAACAAGUGAAGGUGCUAAGCGCUCCGUAUCUGCAAACAAUGACCGCUGCUACGCAGGAGGAGCUGGAGCAGUACAGUCUGAGAAACAGAGGAUUAUGUCUUGUUCCAAUGGAGUAUACAACCGGAGUUGCUCAAAGCAACGGGGCUGAUAUCUGGGCGCCCGUGAAGACUCCUCCAUCUCCAGCUUUCGGCGUCAAGUCUCAAUCACCCUUUAGAUGACUGAUUCAGACUCUUCCCAACCUACUAAGAUCUUUGUCUUAAGCCUUAAGAAGAUGGUCAAUUGUUAUUGUUCAAAUCCUGCCUCUGUAUCAUACUUAGACCAGAGGAACAUGAAGUUGGUUUGGAACAGCUCAGAGUUGAUGAUGGCUGUUUCUAUUUGACUGCUUAUUUGACCGCCUUAAAUAUGUAAUUUGCCUAAGCUUAAACCAAACGAUUCUAAUGCUAAGUAAUCUUUAUGCCAAA